AUGCAGCUCCAGAUUCCAUAUCGUGAUUUGUUCUCGAGAUCUUCCAUACAGGUUUCUCUAUGUCAGGAUCCUCUUAAGCCCCCAGGUGUCCAUUCGUUUGAAUGUCCCUGUUGUCCAGGCUGUUCAACCUGCGGUCCUAGUAAUCCUAUAGUGACUAGGACCGAGAAGAUUCUUCCUUCCAUUCUCGCGGGCUGCCGUGAGGAAGAGAGCUCAGACCAUCCAUUUGAAAAAAACACUAAAGUAUGCAUUAUCGGGGCCGGAAUUGCAGGUCUGUAUCUCGCGCUGAUUUUGCAAGAUCUUGAGCUCCCAAAUCUUUCCUGGGAUAUCCUCGAGGCCAAUCGAGAUCGCAUUGGCGGCCGCAUUUAUACCCAUCGGUUCUCUGAGGCGCACAACGACUACUAUGAUGUGGGCGCCAUGCGGUUUCCAGAUAUUCCCAUCAUGUCUCGGGUGUUUGACCUUUUUCGCCGAAUGCAAGUACCAUUGAAGAGAUUCGAUAUGCGAGAGAGAAGCACGAACAUGAAGGGCCAAGAGAUGUCAAAGACUGGAGAUAGCCCAUCCGCCAAUAUUCUCAGUCGAUCCUUCGGCCCGUAUAAAAAUGUCAUGCAAAACGAUUUUGUGCAGGGCUUCCAGCUCUUGAUGAAGGCCGAUUCAAUGAGCGCCCGCGAAUACCUCCGAUUUAGGCAAAAGGCGGAUUUCACGACAAUCCAGUCUGCCGAGAGCGACACGACUGGUACAGGCAUGUUUGAUCAAGCUUUUUCAGAAAGUGUGAUGGACUCCUUUGACCUGGAUCAUCAUGCGACAGAGUCUGAGGACGGCGGGGCAGGCGUGAAUUGGUAUUCCGUGGAUGGUGGUUGCUCUGUGGUGAUUGAGCGAAUGUGCCAUCAAAUCAAUGGAAACAGCACCAUCGAGCUGGGAAAACAAGUUCGUCGCAUUGCCAUAGACCGUAGGGCUGAUCUGUCUGUAUCGUGUGCCGGCGAGGUAGAAGCUCGUGAUGGGUAUGCGACGGUCUUCAGCACUACCCCAUUGGCAUGCCUGCAGCGCAUCGAUACUGAAUCACUCCACCUUGAUCCUACCCAGGUAGAGGCAAUCAGGUGUUUGCGGUAUGAGGACUCCACUAAAGUGGGUAUCAAGUUUUCGUAUCCAUGGUGGAUCGUAGAUUGUGGGCUUCGAGGGGGCGGUAGUGCCUCAUCGACCCUGCCGUCACGGACCUGCGUCUAUCCAUCGCAUAUCGCCGAAGAGGACUGGGACAAGCCAGCCGUGCUAUUGGCCUCAUACACAUGGGGCCAAGAUGCCACUCGCAUGGGGGCCCUGAUCAGUCCAUCCCCCGCCAGCUCUGAUGGAAGUGAGGAUGAGGGGGAUGAUCUGCUGGAUCUUGUCCUCCGCGAUCUCGCUCAACAACAUCGGCGGCAUGGAAUCACGCAUGAGAAGCUGAAAGACCUAUACCAGGACCACCAUGCCUUCUGCUGGGGUAAUUCGCGCUUUUCGUCGGGUGCCUUCGCGCUUUUCGCUCCAGGGCAGUUCACCCAUCUCUACCCUUCCUUGUCUCUCCCAGCAGCCAACGGCAAGUUCCAUAUUGUAGGGGAGGCCGCUAGUGUCCACCAUGGGUGGGUCGUUGGGUCACUGAAUAGUGCAUAUGUGGCGGUAUAUCGAUUCUUGCUUCGAUAUGGACAACAAAAGGCCAUCGAGAAGCUGAAGAAAAACUGGGGAACCGUGCAUGAGUUGGAUCUUGCGGGUGUUGGUCGCCUUAAUACGUCGAUUUGA